AUGCCGCGUGCCAGAGUUGGUUCUGGAGAGUCGAAUUCGAACCAGAGCUCUGUAGCAGAACGUUGGAGACGCCUGCCGAUGCAACAAAAGAAACAUUUUCAGGAGGAGGCCCACAAGCUUCAGCAGGCGCGUGAGGAGAUAUGCAAGAGAAAACUUGGUGACGUUUCUUCGGAGACUUCAUCAGGACUUCGGGGGUCGCAGCUAAAACGAUUGAACAGGGCCAGGUUGACAACCAGCGUCAAAGACAUUGCGGAUCUGGAGGUGUGGAAGACUGGACUGCAAGUAGCUGACCAUGCAUCCCCCUUGCAGGCCAAGCAUGUCUUGUCAGGCAUGUCAGACGCAGAGUUUGUGGAAGAACUCAAAAAGGUUUUUGGGUAUGAUCGCGACGUCGUCCCAAACCCUGCCGUGCCCCAGUUCCUUCGGAGUUGCGAGUGGCAUCACUGCGGUAUAUGCCAACAAGAUGAGCUCUUUGAAAAUUCGCAGACUCUGAUGCGUCAGUACGACCAGCAGCUUCAUGCUAAGCAUUUGGGUACAGUCCCAGUCAUCGCUUGCAUUCGCAGUGAUCAGAUGUCGCAGUGGUUCUUUCAAGGCUGUGUUUGCAAACGGCCGGUUCCCCUCCACAUAGGCUUACACCUGUGGGUCCGCAAACCAUGUUGCCUGUGCAUGUCUGUGGUUGACGGCCGGCCUCGCCUGUCUUCCGUACAACAGAUGCUUUUGGUGUCGCUGAGAAAGCAUGUCGCGGCUGGAGGUUCCUUUGAUGAUUUCGACGUCGUGGCUCCACGCCUGGUUGAGUUCUACCAGUCCUUCAGCAGCUAUCACGAGGAUGCGGAUCUUGUGCUAGCGCUUCCCAGUCUUGAUGCUACGCAGAGUUUUCAUCUGGGCCUUGGCUAUGCACCUGCAGUUCGGGAGGGACCGGCUGCCGGGCGGAAGACCACAUCCUUGCCCUUUGGCAUGGCAAACAUCUUGAAAAAGUUUCAGAAGAAGGAAAGCACAUCCCGGCAGAGUGCAGUGGUGGGAGGUACAAAAGGCCCCAAAGCAGCUGCUUCGGCAAGCAGCGCGGAUGUUGGUGUGCCAGACUCAGCCGUUGACGGUGGAGAUGGCCCAGCUGCAACCGGGGCAUCCUCGUCGCAGAUGCCCAGGUCAACCCUCGAAGCGGAUGAAUCUCCGAUGAUCCUAUCGGUUUCGGCUGAGCUGGAGCUUGCUGCAGCAGUGCGGGAGGAAGCAGACCUGGCCCUGGAUGGUUCCCAAGGUGUCGCGAAGCCUACAAGCUCUGCCAGUGGCCAAGCAUCUUCAUCUGCGAUGGUCGCACCACAUACCGGAGUUACCUUCCAUGGCCAGAGUCGUCUGGGCAUACAGGAUGUAGGCAAGGCUUCUCGUCGUGGAAUGAUAUGCUUGCAUUGUCACAACGGCAUCGACAAAGGUGCAGUGAGGUUUGUCUAUGCUUUCAAGCAUAACAAACCUGCGCGCAGCAUUCAUCCUGACUGCCUGAGUCAGAUCUCUCCUGCUUGCGUGGGCCCUUCGGUCACUGUGCUGCGCAAGCUUUUGCAGAACCAGAGUAGAAGUUUCAGUGCAGGUGAGAUUGAUGCCUGUCGUGCAGCCUUGUCUGCACUUGAAGUCUUGGACUCGUAA